AUGGUAUCCUGCACAAUCGUCCCCGUGGCCCUGCCUCGAGAUGGCCCAUUGACUAAGACUGCCAUCAAAGAUAUCGUUCAAAUAUUUGCUACGAACAACUGGCGGAUAGCGGACCCAGAAACACUGAUUGUCAAAAGACUUGCCGGAGCCAAUCAAAACUAUGCAAUAGAACGGCCAAAGACUGAAGACAAUGCGGAUCUUGGACUUUGCAAAGUUCUCCUCAAACUCCACAGUGAACACGACACAAUAAUCGAAGUGUUCAAAGGCUUAGCCCCCAGCAAGUUCGAGGAGGCACAACUAUGCCACGAUUACGGUGAGUCGGGUCUCGGUGCCAAGGUUUACGGGUUCUUCAAGACAAUGGACGGGACGUUUGGAAGGGUCGACGAGUUUCUGGAUGCACGCAAUCUGGAGCCAGAAGAUGUGGAAGAUGCAGGCAUUCGAGCCGAUUUGGCAAGGGGGUAUGCCACUUUCCAUUCCAUGAAGACGCAGCUGGAGGAGACACCAGUUCAUAUUUAUUACGAUGCCAUCACCAGAGAGUUUAAAAAGUAUCAUAAGAUGGACACGCUCAAAAAGCUUUUCCAUGAGGUGGGUAUUGGCAUGGACGAUCUUAUUGAUUACGAUUUUGCCUCAAAGAUCAGACGGGUAACAGACAGGCUGGAGUCAAUAGAAGGAAAGAAAGGAUGGUGCAUUCACGAUGUGGCAUUUAUGAAUGUGAUACUGAAGAAUAACCCUAAAAAAGGAGAAAACAAAAUCGUCCUAAUAGACUUUGAGUUCGUCUUCCGAAACUAUCGAGCCUUUGAUAUCGGUGGACACUUCAUGCAAAAAGUGUUCAAUUGGGUUGAUCCGGAUGGCAAAAUGGCCAGCUACAGGCCUUAUACGGAAGAGGAGAAGAGGCACUUCUGCGAGGAGUAUGUCGAACAGUGGAACCGGAAGACAGGCGAUUUAGACACGAGUGAGCAAGUUUUUAGGGAAUCAGAGCUGGGGUACCUGCUGGCUAUCACCUGGGACAUCCACAAUAUGCUCUGCUAUGUGGAACAGGACUAUAGCAAGGAGCUCCUGAACCAUUUGGACCUCUUGGCUUUUAAGAAGCUGUUUGAAGACUUUGUAAAUCAUUACAAGAGGCUUGGAUUAGAUGCUCACUAA